GCAAACGCAGAAAAGGCAGGCCGCGGAGCGUGUGAUAAGCGUGAGCUUUUUGCCAGUGGAGUUGUACGUGCAAUUCUCCACCAUAACACAACAUCCUCUGAAGACUGAAGGAAAGGAGAUGAUUUGAUAACGGAAACCAAGCUGAAGCCCCCGCAACUGCGAAUUCCUUCCGCGGAAAAAGGUGCAUGCAUGAGACGUUUCCCCCAGCCAUUUGUAAUUGAUGGAGUGGAAUGCAAGACCCCCUUUACAAUGGGACUGGGACAACUUAACUGUACUUAAUCCCAGAUAUUCUGAACAUGGUGAUGUAUUACAUCCAACUAUCUUUCAAACUAAACAUGGAAUUAACUUUGGACCUUCCAAUUCAGCUGGAGAUGACAGAACCACUGGUGGUCCUUUUUUCAAGUUGGGGCAAACUUCUCCGAAAAUCUCAAAAUCAGUUUCCACAAAUUCCUCGUCUUUUGAGAAAAGUAGAACUACCAAAUUCACGCUUGAGGGAUUUGAGCCAACUUUAGAAGAUUCUUGCAAUAAAAAAGAAUUUGUUGAGGCUGAAGUGGUCAGCACCUAUGGAACACCGGAGACUUCAACCUGCUCCUGCGAGCCAAUGCUUAGUCUGAAGCUUGGUAAGCAGGCAUACUUUGAAAAUGCUAGUGCUGUAAAUCUUACAAAGCCAUCUGCUUUGAUGGUGGAAUCCCGUGCUACUCGAAAAAGGUGCCAGAAUACACCAUCCGCUCACUGCCAAGUUGAAGGUUGUAACAUAGAUAUUUCAAAUAUUAAGGAUUAUUAUCGCAAACAUAGAGUUUGUGAAAGUCACUCCAAAUCUCCUAAGGUCAUCAUUGGAGGCUUUGAGCGUCGGUUUUGUCAACAAUGUAGUAGGUUUCACAGCAUAUCUGAGUUUGAUGGGAAGAAACGAAGCUGCCGUAGGCGUCUCUCCAAUCAUAAUGCUCGACGACGUAAGCCACAAUCAAAGGUUGUCAGUUUGAAUCCCGCAAGGCUGUCUUCUUGGGAUUUUGAGAACCGGCAGAUUGACAUUUUCUCUGAUAAAUUAUCACUCAUCUAUCCUACACCUAAUGAAAAGUCAGCAUGGGAGUCUGCAUUCAGCUCCAGACACCCACAAUGUGGCAAGUAUGUAUCAAAGCCUGAACCGACAUAUGGUUCGAUUGGGCAGCUAAACGUGUCUGGGGAUGAAAUGUGUUAUGUGCAUGCUAUGCCUUAUCACGAUAAUACCAGUAAGGCCGUCCCCUUCAAAGGAGCUGCAACCAAGAUUCUUGAUCCAGAAGGAUAUGUGAUUCCUUCCAAUCUGAAUUCAGCACAGGAUCUUCAACGUGCUCUCUCUCUUCUGUCAACUGAUACAAAGGGUCCUUACGAGGCAAGGCUUUUUGCUCCUGACAACCCUAAUCGUCUUGUUAACCCUAACUAUGCAAACCAGCCCUCCAUAUCACAGUCGCCAAUGAAUCUAGGCAUUCAAACUUUGCCCUUUGCUUCAGUGGAUUCACAAUCCUGGGGCAAUGGACAUCAUCAUCCUAUCGAAUUGCAGAUGCAAAUCCACCAUCCAAACAUCGAAGGAGGAAACAAUCUCUUUCAGGACUUUCAGCUCUUCAAAACACCAUGCGAGAUUGGGAUGUUCUCCAACCAAAUAAGUUGAUGAUGAUCUUCUGGGUCGUAGCGAGGUCUGCUGCGAUCUCAAGUUAAGGUCAGUCCACGCUAUCCCUACGUCUUUUUCAUGAUUUCUGCUUAAAUGAAUUGUUUUUUUUUUCGGACUGUGCUGUGCUUCCAAUACCAAAACUUUAUGCGUGUGGAAGAUGCAUGACAUGAUUUGCAUAUUACCGCAGUACCUUAAACGGCUCCUUUUUCACUGAUUUUCGUCUGUUCUGACCGUCAUA